GGCUCAGGCCGCCGGUGGCGGCGCGGAGGCCUCCGGGCGGGGCGGGGCGAGCCUCCCGCGCUCCCGGGACGCCCGGACCCCGCGCGCUUCGCCCCCAGGCCCGCGGGGCCUGAGCCGAGCUGCGCCCCCAGGGCCGCGGAGGGGCCGCAGGACCCCGGCGAGCUGCGUGCGGCUCCACGGAGGAACUUGCCAGGUUGUUAAAGCUUGAAGAAAUACCAAGUCCCAGAGAACAUCUUGCAUUGGAAAAUUUGAUCAUCUUAUGCAGGAAUCCCUAGCCAAUAUCAAACAUGUAAAACAGUGACAGGAGGAACCAAGAACCUCAGGCAAGGCAAGUACUGCAAGAAAUGUGGACCCCAGGCUUCAGAAGCAGAGUGCAACGUGUGUGACCCGCUGAGGACGGACGUGCUCUGCACGGCUCCUGGGCAGUGAGAGCAUGAGGCACAGCCACCCCCAAGGUUCGGCACAGGCCCUCGCAGGCAAAAUCCCUGAAUGGCUGGCGUUUGACAACAUGCACCACCAGUGGCUUCUGUUGGCCGCAUGCUUUUGGGUGGUUUUCAUGUUCAUGGUGGCUAGCAAAUUCAUCACGUUGACCUUUAAAGACCCUGAUGCCUACGGCGCCAAACAGGAGUUUCUGUUCCUGACCGCUGUGCCAGACGCGGGGAGGUUGCCGGGAGAGAAGCACUUUCCUGAGGAACUGCAGCCGACUGGGAAGAUGCUUUCCCACAGCCGGCUUCCUCCACCCCUGGUCUAUAUGGAGCGCCUAGAACUCAUCAGAAACGUCUGCAGGGAUGAAACCCUGAAGAAUCUCUCACACACUGCGGUCUCCAAGUUUGUCCUGGACCGAAUAUUUGUCUGUGACAAGCACAAGAUUCUUUUCUGCCAGACUCCCAAAGUGGGCAACACGCAGUGGAAGAAAGUGCUGAUCGUGUUAAACGGAGCCUUCCCUUCCAUCGAAGAGAUCCCCGAAAACGUGGUUCACGACCACGAGAAGAACGGCCUCCCUCGACUCUCCUCCUUCAGCGACACAGAAAUUCAGAAGCGCUUGAAAACAUACUUCAAGUUUUUCAUCGUAAGAGAUCCCUUCGAGAGACUGAUUUCUGCAUUUAAGGAUAAGUUUGUUCACAAUCCCCGCUUUGAACCUUGGUACAGGCAUGAGAUCGCCCCUGGCAUCAUCAGGAAGUACAGGAGGAACCGGACAGAGACCAGGGGCAUCCAGUUUGAAGAUUUUGUGCGCUACCUGGGCGAUCCAAACCACAGGUGGCUGGACCUUCAGUUUGGGGACCACAUCAUUCACUGGGUGACGUACGUAGAACUGUGCGCACCCUGUGAGAUCAAGUACAGUGUGAUUGGUCACCACGAGACCCUGGAAGACGACGCCCCGUACAUCUUAAAAGAAGCUGGCAUAGACCACUUGGUGUCGUACCCCACCAUCCCUCCGGGCAUUACCGUGUAUAAUAAAACCAAGGUGGAACACUACUUUCUGGGCAUCAGCAAACGAGACAUCCGGCGCCUGUAUGCACGUUUCGAAGGGGACUUUAAACUCUUUGGGUAUCAGAAGCCAGAUUUUUUGCUAAACUAAUGCGUAGGAUUGUGAAUUCAAAUAUCUUUGUUAGACCAGAGGCUAACCAAGUGGAGAUGUGGGCACAGAAAUGAUACUUCCUUCAUCACACUCCUUCUGAAGACUCCUGCAGUCUCCAUGGACCUGUGCGUGCCUCGGCCGACGAAGCUGGACCCGGACCGUUACGACUCAGUUUGGACAUAAGGCAUAUUGAGGGCCUUUGCCCCACCAACUGCUACCAAUGCCGUUAGACCUUUGCUUUCCUCAGAAGGGGAAAAGGUCUAAACAUUUGCAGUCUUACAGACCAGGGGGAAAAAUUAUAUGGCAUUAGGAGUCAUUUCCCUCAGUUGUCAAGGAGGUGGGUGCACUCCCAGCUCCUCUGGAUGGUGGGGUGGUCCUGCCUUUCACCAGUGGAUUGCAGGAAUGGCACCCAGCACUUUGAGGACAGAUGGAGAAGCUAAUGGUCUGCAGCAAUCACAGGGGCUAAUACAGGGUGAAAUCUGAGUAAUAAAAUGACAUCUCUGGCUUUCACCUGGCGCUGCUAUCAUCACAGAGGCAAACCAUUCUUUCCACAACUAUUUUGUUCCUGUGAAAUUCAGGGAUGACCCGAGGGCACUUUUCAACAGUCCAUCUUUCAGGAUACAUGCCUGCGUACCGCCAGUCCAUGUAUCUGAACCUCUGCCUGCCAAGUGAUUAUCUCAUUUAGCCCAAGAGAUAUAUUUUGAAAGUGAAGGGAGUGUAUGUUCUUUCCACCUGAAAAAGGGAACAUCUUUGGGCACCUGAGAAGGAACAUGGCGUGGGAAAAGGAAGAGCUGGUUGGGUCUGGAGCUCAGGCUGCUGUGCAUUUGGGCAUGUCCAUCCUGAUUAUGGCCCGUCUCUUUGUCCCGUCUGGAUGGCGGUUCUCUACCUGUCAUCUUCCAGGGCCCUCCCCUGGGGCCGAAGGCAAGCAGGGCCACAUGCCAGCAUUGCAGAAUCAGUGCCGUUUACGCAUUUCAGUUUCCUUUCAUCUCAGCAAAAUGCUCACCACUGGACCCAUUUCUGAUAAUGCCAUCAUCCUGGACUAUAAGUUGGAUAAUCAAGUUCACCAGCAAUAAAAUCCUGGGCCGAGGCAGCCUCCAGGAACGCAUCUUCCAGGCACUGUGGAGCAAGCCACGGCUACCAUCCCACUCUGCCUGACGGUGAGGGCCCUUGAGACACAGGACGGUUUCCCUAGUAAUAGUCACAAGUGCUCGGCUCUGCCCAUGAGCCCAGUUUCUCUUCCAGGCAGCCUCAACCUUCCCUUUCUCAGAAUGGCUCCCUGAGUUUGUAAAUGUGAAAGUCAAAUAAAAUAAAAAAUAUGUGCCAAACCU